AUGGAGAACAUACAAGAGUUGUCGCUGGCAGACGUUGCCAAGCACAGCACCGACAAGGAUCCGUGGAUCUGCGUCCACGGAUAUGUGUAUGAUGUGUCCGAGUUCCUGGACGACCAUCCGGGAGGGGGAGAGAUACUCCGUGCCUUUGCUGGAAAGGACGCCACGGAAGGAUUCGAAGACGCCGCCCACUCUGAAGAUGUAAAAUCGAUCAUGGACGGGUUGUUGGUCGGACGACUACCAUCGAAGGCGCUGCAAAAUCCCGCGGACCCGACCCAGCCGCCAAAACGACAAACCCCGACUCGACAAUCUGAUCCCAUACCUGCACGCGCUGGUGCCACCUCAACGCACCUCACGAGCAAGGCGAAACUAGGGUUCAUGCUCGUCAUUUUCGCCGUCAUCAUGUCCAAGUUGAUCGUCUCGGGGCUGGGUGCUGGGGUUUUCUUCGUGGCGGCUGGAACAGCGACGGUGGUUUCCCCUUUCGUGUUAUUUUUCGUGGCAGCCACCACACGUCACCGAGGAGCCGACGCUUACCCCGACUACAUCAAGCCCAACGUAUUUACGUAG